AUGUCUACUCGAAUACCACUUUACGAAGAAGAUAAAGAUUACAUAAACGAAGAUCACAUUAGUGAGUUUGCCAAGGCACUAGUAUGGCAAGACCACGAUGACAUAAUGACUACCCCAGCCACACCCAAGAAUGAACCCAUAGAUUUUGAUGAUGACGUAUCUUCACUGGGAACCGAAGAAAUUGACCAGGAUACCAACAACAAUACAUUGAUUGGAGAAGGAGCAGAACUUGGUGUCUCACCAGCAAUAAAACCGGAUAUGAUUACAUCCAAAAGCGAUUGGUUUCCUGUUAGCGCCGCCAGUGACAGUAACCAAUCCAAAUCAGGCUCCAAGGGCAAGGGUAAGACCAAAAAGUCGUCUAGUAUAGUAUCAUUGCAAAAUGAGUUUAGAAACAACAUAGCGUACACUUUACUACGAUGGCCCAUCUUGAUAGCUGUUUUCAUUUGGGUAGCAAUUUUAGGAUCUUUAUAUUUUUGGAUAAGAGUGCAUGUUGCACUAAAGGAAUACUUCUUCACAUGGAGAGGAGAGAGGAAAAAGUUGCGUGAAAAAUUGAGACAGUCCAAGUCGUAUGAAGAGUGGGUGGAGAAUGCAAUAAAUCUAGACAAGUAUUUGAAUUUGGACAAAUGGUCGGAAAAUCCUAAAUUUUCGUAUUAUGAUUACAAGACUGUGGGGAUGACGAUUUCAAGAUUGAAAAAAGCACGCGCCAACAAUAAUAUUCAAGAAUUGCAGAUACUUCUUCAAGGAUGCUUGAAACGAAAUUUUGCUGGUAUCGAAAAUAGACAAUUGUACUCACACAGGUAUUAUGGAACCAAGAACUUGGUGCAAUCUUAUUACGAAGAAGUUUUACGCUGUAUAGAGAUAGUCACCGAUUCAAAUGAUGUAUCACCUGAGAUCAAGUACAAGUUUUUUAAAAUUGUCCUGAAAAAUUUUGGGAAAUCAGCAUUAUGUCUUAGUGGGGGUGCCACUUUUGCUUACACUCAUUUUGGAGUAGCUAAAGCUUUACUUGAUGCUGGACUACUCCCAAACAUCAUAUCAGGAACGUCUGGAGGUGGAUUAAUUGCUGCUUUAUUAUGUACAAGAACUGAUGAAGAGUUGAAAAAAUUGUUGAUUCCACAGUUGGCGAGAAAAAUCACCGCUUGUGAAGAUCCGUGGUAUGUAUGGAUUCCAAGAUUGAUCAAAACUGGAGCAAGAUUUGAUUCCGUUGCUUGGGCCAGGAAAUCAAAUUGGUUUACUAGAGGAUCGACAACGUUUGAAGAAGCAUUUGAAAGAACUGGUAGGAAAUUGAACAUUAGUACUGUUCCUGCUGAUCCCCAUUCACCUGUCAUUUUGUGCAAUGAUAUCACAUCGCCUCAUUGCAUUAUUUGGUCAACGUUGCUUGCAUCUUCGGCAGUUCCUGGUAUACUCAAUCCUGUGGUGUUAAUGAUGAAAAACCCUGAAAAUGAUGCAGUUGUUCCAUUUUCAUUGGGGAGCAAGUGGAGAGAUGGGUCAUUGAGAACAGAUAUUCCUAUUGAUGCAUUAAACACAUACUACAAUGUCAAUUUCACUGUCGUAUCCCAAGUCAACCCCCACAUUUCGUUAUUCUUUUUUGCACCCAAAGGGACAGUUGGCAGACCAGUGCCAGUAUCAAAAAGCAGGACAAGAAAAGAAAAAUUCGCUUCAUUCAGAGGUGGUUUCAUCGCUGCUGCGUUGGAGCAAUUACUACGCUUGGAAAUUCGAAAAUGGUUGCAGAUAAUCAAGUCUUUGGAUUUGUUGCCUCAUGUGUUGCAACAGGAUUGGUCAAAUGUUUGGCUACAAAACUUCACUGGUUCAGUGACAAUCUGGCCAAGAAAUAAGUUGAUUGAUUUUUGGUACAUUUUAUCUGACCCUUCAGAGAAACGAUUGGGUGAAAUCAUUAUGAAGGGUGAACGUAGCAUGUACCCGAAAUUAUUGUAUAUCAAAAAUCGGAUCUUGGUGGAGAGAGCUAUUGAACGUGGUAGACGUGAAUCAUCUAAAACCAUGAAACAAGCUCGUAUCAAUCUUGAAAUCUCAUCUAAUCACAAUAAUGGUGGUGCUGUUGGUGGUGGUAUUGAAGACGAUGACGACGACGAUGAUUUUGUACCCAGUGACUAUGAUCUUGCUAAAUUCAAAGCUAGGAUUGGAUUAACUAAUCAAGAUUUUGAGGAAUUUGCGGCUGGGUACGGUGGUGUUGCUCAUGAUGGAGACGAUGAAGGUGAUGGGAAUGAUGAUGAUGAUGAUGAUGAUGACGAUGCAUUUGAUGAGGAUAUGUUAGUGAGGGACAUGUAUGACGAUAGUGAUACAUUUAGUCCUACGUCACUGCCCACUCCAAGUCACUAUAAACACAGACGCAAUACUGUGUUUUGA